GGAGUUCUGGUUCCCUGCCUCUCUGUUUCGGAGAGCGCGCUGAGAAACAAAAAAGAUGCCUCGAGAACAGCGUCGGACUCGGGAAUUGAACAGAGAUGAUGAUCAAUACAUCAUUCUGGUCCAAGAUAUCCCUCGCCAUUGCCGUUGGCAGGAACUCAAAGACAUGACACGCAGUCUCGGAGGUGAACAAAGCUUGAAAGCGGAGGUCUUUGCAGCCAGCGACGGAAGUCAAUUGGGUCAUUGCACUAUAAAAGGACGAAAUGCUGCGACCCAAGUCUACGAGAACUUUUGUGUACAAGGAUGGAACGGGAAAUGCGUUCGGGUUUCACUGGCAGUGCUUGAGAAACCCGGCAUCCUAAAGACUAUUGAGGGUCCGAGAAAGAGUCGUGGUGCCAUGGUUGAAACCAGGGUUUCUCCCAGUUUUGGUCAUCAUCCACAUCCACCUCAGUCUCAGGCAGGAGGAGGACUGACCGCCGGAAGUCAUCAAACUGGCUCAUCGUCACGCCAACAUGUCUAUCAUUCAAACUCCUACCAAUUCAAUGCCAUGACCCAGCAUGAUAAUCAUCAGUUCUACCACCAAAGACCGAACCCGAAUGGCACAACAGGCAUCAUAGUCACACCCUCCUCUCAAUCUCAUGCUUCAGCGACAGGCGCAAGUCGAGGAGGAGUAGUAGUAGUCCCCCAUGCGGUCCACGUGGGCCAAAUUCCCUACACGUGUCCAACGAGAAUAUCACCAUCAUAUCCGGCCGUAUCAGCAGCAGCAGUAGCAGCACAACAACAGCCAAGAGAACUCCUCAGCGGCAGCAGCAUAGCGCCCAAGUCGUCAUCGAAUUUGCCAUCAGUCGCUACUAGUACUACUUCUUCGACAAGAAACAACAAAAGUCCCAACAGCGUUCUGAUAUCCAGACUUCCACCUCAACAAUCGGAGAAGGAGCUUCGAAGUCUCCUGGAACAAUAUGGGUCGCUCGUCUACCUCGACAUUGGACCAAAGACCCCCAAUACCGAGAAAGCCAAAGGAACAGCAAAGGCCAGGUAUGACUGUGCCACUGAAGCCCUUGCUGCUGUACAGGGUCUCAAUGGUUCCAAUCUGGGUGGAAGCAAGAUCAAAGUUCGACAAGAAAAGCAGGACAAGACAUUCUCGUCGUCACGACCUGGUGGUGGCGGCGGUGGAAGGCCAGAACUUUUCGCAAUGUCACUUCAAGAGAGGACGAUCUUGCAACACCAACAAUCCAUGACUGCCGCUUUGCGUGGCCCGUCAACCAAGAUCGCAUCAUCGUAUCAGACAAGAAUGCAAUCGCAAUCGCAACCCAAAGCCAAGAGUGAUGACACUGGCAGUGUCGGAUCCUCUUCGACGACAUCUGGUCCUCUGAUCGUCGAUGGUGCCAGAUGCCUUUGCGCCAGUCGUGACGGGAAGAAGAAGUCUUUCGGUGUUGGACGCAGAGGUUCGGUGGAGAGACAAUAUGACAACGACGACGAUGGUGAUGACGACGAUGACAGCUCUGAUGGGGAUAGCAGUGAUGAUGAGGAGGAGGAGGAUGAUGAUGUGACUCAAACAUCAGACGGAUUGCGUGGUAUGAAAUUGUAGGAGGAAAGGCCACACAUGUUGUUCUCGCUGUCGUGUUGUCGGUGGUGU